CUGUGACCCAGUGGCUCGCAGGGGUGAGCUGUGCUGCCUGGCAACGGGAGUUGUGAUGAAAAGGGGCGUGAGCAGAGCAGGCUCCAGUCCUUGGAUGGACAAGGAAGGAGGAAGGAGCCUGCUGGCUACUCAUCCUUUUUAUUAUUGCUUUUGCUCAGCCCUGACGGACCCAGCUGUUUAGGAAGGAUUGUGAGAAAUCAGGGACAGAGUCCCUGUCUGUGUGUGCAGACAUGGCAACAUCCCUGGACACACUCAGCCUCUCCCAGAUGCUGGAUCUCGCCAUCGGGAUGCCCCAGAAGGGAGCCAUUCACUUUGCAGCCUUGCGAAAACUGCUGCAGGCCGUGCUGGAGCACCUGGACGUGCAGUACCUGAGCAGCCAGGAGCCGUGGCCGGGCCAGCUGAGUGGCCCCUCACUUGCUGACCUGGCCACUGACAUGGGAAAGAUGAAGAGGGAGAUGGAAGACUACAAGAAACACAUGUCCAAGGUUCUUCGUGAGGAGAUUGGUGGGAUAAAGGCAGAAAAUUCCCGCAUAUCAGAGGACAUGAAGAAGCUCCAGGAGACACAGACCAUGGCUAUUUCCCAGCAUCAAGAAGAGAUUGCAAAGUUAAAGGCUGCCCAUCGUCAUACGGCAGAGGAAAUGAAGAAGGUCCAGAUGUCGCGGGACGAGGACACGACUCUCAUCCGGGAUCUCCGUGAGGAGAUUGACAAGAUCAAGACAACACAGAUGUGCAUGGAAGGAGACAUAAAGAAGAUUAAGGAGUCCCUUGCCUUAAUGAAGAAGCUGGAGGAGGACCUUAAAAAGCUGAGGCAGGAUGCAGCCAAGUGGAAAGAAGAGAGCAGUAAGGAGAUCUCUCAGCAAAUUGAGGCUUUGCGGCAGGAGACAAAACGUGAUCUGCAGAAGAUGGGAGAGCAGCAGGAGAUGAGGAAUGCCAUGCUGGAGCAGCUGGUGACAGAGACAGCUGACCAGCUGAACGAGCAGGAUCGGGAGCUGAGCCAGCACAUGGAAGCCAAGUUUUUGCAGAUUCAAAGGGACUAUGAGAAACUCAGCUUUGCCUCAGGGAUGCUGCAGAAGGACUCUCAACAAAAGCAGAAAGAAAUCACGAUGCUGUUCCAGUCUCUGGAGAAGCUGCAGAAGGAGAAAGCAAAUGUGCAGGACAUGAUGGCAGCAAUGGACAUGAAGGCGGACAAAGCUGCCUUGGGCAGCAAAGUUGAUUGCAGCCAGUUUGAAGAGAACAUGGAGGAGCUGGAUGAGAGGAUGCAGGAGUUGCAGAGCCAGAUUUCAGACCAGGAGCAGCACUGGAAUGAGGUGCAGCGUCAGUUCAGUGAUGCAAUUGAAGAGAAGCUGGAUCGCCUGGAGCUGAAGACUUUCCGUAAGCACCUGGAGGACUCCUGGAGCAGGAACAUGGAGGAACUUGAGAAUAGGCUGAUGCGUGAAAACGCUGCUGGCAUUAAGAAGCAGCUGCCAGUUCCCUUCACGUGCCUGUCCUGUGACCGCAUGCUCACCGUGCAGGUUCCUGGCCAGUCCCCCAAGACACUCCCGUAUUUGCAGCCGCUGCCCCCCAGCAAGGAGCCACAGCACAGCCAAAGGAGGCCGGUGGCCCAUGGCAGUGUCCCCGGUGUGCCACUGAGCUCUGGGGACCAUCAGAGCAGCAGUUUCAAACUGCCACCCACUCAGGGCUCUUUGCGGAACAAGGCAUUUCUGCAGGGACUCGUGACCCUCCCCAACAAGGCCCUGCCACCUCACGGGAUCACCGGCCAGGCUCUGCCCCCCGACACGUCUCCAGGACACCGGAGCUCCUCCAGCCACUCCAGCCCCGUGAGACUUCAACAGCGCUCAAGUAGCCGGGCAGGACUGGGAACCCAGUGCUCCACCAGGGACAUCUUCUCAGCAGACAGAAAAGGCUGUGACAAUUGUUGUCAGAGAAAUAAUUUUUCAUUUUAUUCAGUUAAUAAAAAAACCUUCAGAAAGACAGGCAGAGCCUUCUCCCACGGUCACUGAAAACACAGGGAUAAAUCAAACUGGCUUACACUGUUUUUACUAUUAGCAAUCAGGCAUCACUUCAUUCCCAGCACCGGGAUGCAUGGAAAUGGCUCCACUCAGCAUGCACACCCACUUUCUAAACUUUUCACUAUGUAUUUUAAGCAAAGCAAUUAAUGCUCAUUGCCUAUAAAUUACAUAUUUCUCUUCAUUAAUUAAUAUCCUAUCUUGCUUUUGGCUUUGAUUUCUCAAUUCUCAUGCUGUUGCCAGAUGAAGAAUUGUUUGCUCCCGGCAGGCUCCAUCCUAUGCUCAUUUUACCAAUGAACACUCCAUCUUAUGCUCAUUUUACCAGCUGGCACUACACUAUCAAAACCAGGAGAAACAUCGGCCGAGGAAGGGAGUGAAACUACAAUCCAUUGAUCUAAGGUUUCACAACUUGAAUAAGUGGCCAGCUAGACCAACUUUUCUCCUCAUUUGCAGAGAAGCACCAGUUCACCAGGUGGUCAGAUAUGACUGUGGGUUCACCAAGCACCCAGGACUGCCAAAGAGACUCCCAGGGCAGAAGAAAGCAUGUGCUAAGGGGAGGGAAUGUAUGUGAAUUUCUUGGGGGAAAUUAUUGUCAUAGGUAUGUUUCUUCUGAGCAAAGUUAUCAAUAUGAUGCAAAACAUAGUAUUUAAACAGGAGCUUUUCCUGUACACGGCAUGUACGCUGAGUGCAGUAAUCCCCCAUACAUCUGGCAUUGCAGUAAAGAAUGCCUAAUCCCUCAUAUGAAAAUGAAAGUGUUUGCUUCUUACUGGUUUUGAUAACAAUGGUAAUUAGUCCACUUUCCAGUCUUUUUAUGAUUUUAAUUUUUUCCCAGAUAUUGUCUUCAGUACACUAAAAGCUGAAUUCUCUUUGUUAAGUUUCUUCUUUACCUCUGGUUUCCACAACUUGUCCUCACAGUCUACAAAUUCUGCAUUCCUGGUGUCCAGUUCUCAGCCCCAUUUCUCUACCCCAGAUUUGUUCACUGAAUCACGUCAAGGUUGGUUUAGCAAAACUUAAAAGUUUCAGUGAUUUUCCCAAACGGUGUUCCACUACUAGCAGUUUGUACAAAGUCUUGCUACAUGCUCCAGCGGAAAACUGCACUCCUUAUGAUUAAGUAAAGCUGUUAUUAACAGAGUUAAUGAAAACAAAUAACUGGAAUAGUGAAUUAGAAAGUCAUAUCAUUUCCAACAAUUCCCCUCUUUGAAAGUGAUCUUAAUUGUUUCUUUUAAGAUUACAUCCACUUAAAUCAUUGAAUACUUAGGAAGACUGAAGACACUAAAAUGCAAUAAUUACUAUUCAACUACUUAAUAAAACUUUUGGGCAAAACUCGUAGUAUUUUAAAUCUAGGGCCAUGUGAUUUUGCCAGCAUUUUAUCUUGGGCUUGUUACUCUGGGGUUACAUUUGAAAGGUCACACAUUUUGGUGCAGCAACUAUUAUGAUGCUUUUCUCUGACACCCCUUUAGCAGCUUCCUCUGCCAGUUGGUUUCCUCCACUGAUUGAUGUAUUUCCAAAUGGAUGAGCUUUACAAGGCAUGAGAGCCACGCUGGCUGGUACACAAACACUUUCCAGUAGUUGUCUGAUAAUGUCUCCACCUUUGGCAGGAGAUCCUCGUGCUGAAAGGAGCCCACCUUUGUUCUAGAGAGCUCCAUGGGCAUGUGCUGCUCCAAAUGCACACUUAGAAUUAGCCCAUAUGUUCCCCUUCUUCCCCUGAGACAAUUGCAGGCUGCCAGAGAGUGAGCAGCUCAGCCUUGUGUGCAGAGGUGGUAAGAGAUAAUGGGAUGCCUUUGAUUGGGCCCUACUGCACACCCAAAUUUCUGCUUUCCUUUGCUCACAAAAUUGCUCCCACCUCUGGACAAUUCCCAGUCCAGAUCUUCUACCAGAGGAUCUCUUCUGCUGGAGCGAAGCCACUCCAUAGUUAGAAGACAAUCAUGUUGUGAAGCUUCUUUCUGGUAAAGAUUCCAGGAAGAUGGCUGGGUGCAAGGCAAAGAUGUCUUUGCAGCUCCACAUCAUCCUGAUCCAACAGGACAACUCGAUACU